AUGAGCACAGAGCUCAGUCUAGUUAUUGUGAACAGGUGCAUUUACUUCAAACCAUCGCCUCUUGGUCACCCUCCCGCAACCUGUCUCUAUCCAAUCCUUAGACAUCCCCCUUCAAUCUUUGCCUAUAACUAUUAUGUAUGCCAUUACCUUUCCCUACCAUCUUUUACCACCUCCGACCAGAUCCUCCUAUUCCCUUACAUUAUAUCGUGCACCACCCAAUAUCUACCGACAAAUCGUUCGUAUCGAAAAGUUUUUCUCCAUAGCACAAUGUUCAGAGGUAUAAGGGCCUUGCACACAUCUGCUGCAUCGCUGGCAGAGAAGAAGGUGUCCUUGUCUUUCAGGAAAGAGGCUAAAGGUUUUGUGAAAAGAUCGAAAGGUCCAGGUAAUCACAAGAAUUUCAUCAAUGUAUCUAGCACGACUCUCUUGAAGAAGAGCGAGAGUCACCUUCCAGAUUUGAAACCACAGAAUUUGACCAAGAACGUUGUGACCAACUUUCCCAACGAUUCGGUAAAGGCUCUACAUCAUCUAGGAUCUUUCCGUAAAGGUCAAUUCAACGAGGCCUUUUCUCGUCCCGUAUCUUUGGUUAGGGACGCCACAAUCAGAUUGGAAAAGAUCUUGCAAAAGGCGCUAACCACCGACUCCACCAACACAAGAAUUGCCAUUAUCGGUGAAAGUGGAGUUGGAAAGACCACCACAUUGGCUCAAUUCCAAUCGAUGGCCAAAUCACACAAAGCUAUCGUAUUUGCCAUCAACAACGCCGACAAUUUCGUUGAUGGCUCAUCUGAUUUUGGCCCAAGCGCUCUGGACACAGUCGAAUAUAGACAACCAAUGGUGACUCGGAAACUGAUCAAAAAGUUUUUCAAGGCCAAUAAAGACGAGCUGAAUAUUCCGUUGACCGAAGACAUCAAGUUCGCAACUGUAAAGUCAUUCGGUGAGAGAAAGGGAAAGCAACAAGAUCUCGCUUUCAAAGCAAAGGAGAACACACUGUUUGAUGUUUUGAAUCAUGCUGUGCACUACAGAGGUGACCUGUCUCAUUGCUUGCACUUUACCUUCUCCCAGCUGUCUGCUUCCAAUGUUCCAGUGUUUUUAACCGUUGACAACUUCACUGCGUUCACACAGAAUCCCAUAACUGCCUACAGAGACACCAAGAAUAAUCGCAUAUAUUUUGACAGGUUUGAGAUUCCAUCUUUGAUAUUGAGAUAUAUCCGCGGAGAUGACAAGUUCAACAAAGGUGGUGUCUUAAUUUCUUCAUCCGGAAAACAUAAAUCCAAUGACACACUAUCCGUUGCCCUGGGGGACAAAAGUUAUGAACCCUAUGCUAAGUUUGGUGAUUUUGACCGAAAAUUGGCUGCAACCUUGCAGAAUCUGGAAAAGUUUGAGGUUCCCAGUCUGAAUAAAGAAGAAGUCGGAUCUCUUCUUCAAUACUACCUGGAUCAGGGUAUCAUCCACAACGAGAAAACAGACGAGAUUAACUUCGAAUCUUUCAGAGACAACAAGUUUUUCUACAGUUCUGGAAACCCCAGGGAAUUGCUGAAAUCAUGUACUUUAAACUACUACUAG